CCCACAAGGGCUUGGAAAACAGAGAAAACCUAAAGGCUGGAAAGUUAGUGAAACUCAAAAGAAAGUCAAACUUUUCAGGAAAUGAGGGCCUGAGAGGAUAGAAAACAUGGGAAGAAAGGAAUAAACAACCUCACCUGACCACUGCGGGGGAGAUAUUGAGUCCACUGUGGCCAGAAAGCAGAGCAGAGCUGACAAGGCAAACAAAACCAGUGAGUGCUGGAGUUUGAAGAGUUAGAGCUAAUACAAACGCAUUGAUACAGCAGCGCUGGAGACAACUUCCUGGAUUGAACUCCACAUCAACUUUGACUGUGGAAGCCUGAGAGACGAAAAAGAGGUCAAAAGAAAGAAAUCAGCCCUUAGAAAUUUUGCUACAACAUCAACACCAGGCUAUGAGAAUCUUCAACAGGAACCUUCGCCUUCAGGACGUCACCAUCAUGUACUUCACCGCCCUGGCUGCUCUAAUGGUCAUCUUGGUGGCUUCAUAUCAGGGGCCCACUAAUGCCGUCGACGUGUCCAGCCUUAAAUCAAACCCCUCCAGCCCUCUCCCACCUCUCCCCAUGCCUUUCCGUGUGCCCCUUGACCCACGUGGGGACCUCCAGCUGGCCUGGAACAUCAGCUACGCCAACCAGGAGGUGUACAUGGAGCUGAGGGUCGCAAAGCUCAAACACGGCGUGGUCCUGGGGAUGUCUGACCGCGGGGAGCUGACCAACGCUGACCUGGUGGUGCUGUGGGACUCUGGAACUAAUAGCUACUUUGGGGAUGCAUGGAGCGACAGCGAGGGUCACGUUUCACUGGACAGCCAACAAGAUUACGAGCUGAUAGAAGCCAAAAACAAACCUGACGGAUUCUACCUGCUCUUCAAAAGACCGUUCAGCACCUGUGAUCCCAGAGACUACCUCAUAGAGGAGGGAACAGUGCACGUCAUCUAUGGACUUUUGGAUGAGCCACUUGCCUCGCUGGAGCAGCUCAACUUGUCCCGGAUCCACACGGGGAUACAGAGAGUGCUGAUGCUGCGCCCCGACACGCCGUCCCCCACCCUGCCUCCAGAUGUGCAGACGCUGGAUGUUGUGGCACCAAAUGUCGUCAUACCAAAUCAAGAGACCACCUACUGGUGCUUCAUACAGGAGCUGCCUGAAAACAUGCCCAAGAACCACAUUGUUAUGUAUGAGUCAGUGGUAACUCCAGGUAACGAGGCCAUCGUGCAUCACAUAGAAGUGUUUGAAUGUUCUCCGGAAAUCCGCAACGUUCCAGAGUACAGCGGCUCCUGUGAUGACAAGAUGAAGCCGGGCAAGCUCAACUUCUGCCGCCAUGUGCUCGCUGCAUGGGCUAUGGGUGCUGAGGCUUUUUACUAUCCUCCUGAUGCAGGGCUGUCUAUGGGUGGACCUGGUUCCUCAAGAUUCCUUCGUCUGGAGGUCCACUACCACAACCCUCUCCUUAUAUCAGGCCGUCGUGACUCAUCAGGGAUACGGUUGCAUUACACCCCUAGUCUGAGGCGGUACGAUGCAGGGAUCAUGGAGCUGGGCCUCGUUUAUACUCCUAUCAUGGCUAUCCCACCCAAACAGCACACCUUCUACCUCAGCGGAUAUUGCACCUCCAAGUGUACCCAGACUGCUUUGCCUCCAGGAGGAAUCUUUAUAUUUGCGUCCCAGCUGCACACCCACCUGGCAGGCCGCGGGGUGAGAACAGUUUUGGUGAGGGGAGGCAAAGAGCUGGAGGUGGUACAAGAGGACCAGCACUUCAGUACACACUACCAGACAAUCCGAGUUCUAAGGAAAAUGGCAAAUGUUCUACCCGGUGACGUCCUCAUAACAAAGUGUACUUUUAACACAGAAGACAGGAGCAAGCCUACAGUGGGAGGUUUUGGCAUCAUGGAGGAAAUGUGUGUUAACUACGUUCACUACUACCCCCGAACCAAGCUGGAGCUCUGCAAGAGCCACGUUGACCCAGGAUACCUGCAGAAAUACUUUAACUUCAUUAACAGGUUCCACGGAAAUGACCAGUGUGUGUGUGGUGAGGUCGGUGUGACGGAGCAGUAUUCUCAACUACAGUGGGAUGCAUUUACGGGUGAGGUGCUGGACUCGCUCUAUAAUACAGCCCCCAUCUCCAUGCACUGUAACCAGUCGACUGCACGCCUCUUUCCUGGUGAGUGGGACGAACAGCCUCUACCAGUGGUUACCUCCUUCCUUGAAAAACCUCGCUACCCCUGUGAGGGAGGAGCAGGCCCCACCAGCCGACCCCCUACACCUCCGGUCUGAGCGAGGGGGCGUCACAGCACGCUAAGGCCCAACGAGAGGACACCUUACCUGGGGAAAGUUAGAGAAACUCCUGUGACUUUGCAGAAUGUACCCUGGUUUUAUCUCUGUGUUUGGGCAUAGAUGAUGUCCUCUACUGGGUUUUCUGACACCUGUUGUAAUUAUAUGCUUAUAUUCACUGUAUGUGUAAUUAUUAGUACACACAAAUGAUAAUCCUAUUCAUGUCAAGUUUAUAAGCAGUGGACAUGGAGAAAUGGGAUUGGCAUCUAACGUACAAAAGAAGUGUUACUUACAAAUUAGUGCUGAGGACAAAAGUAUUACAACACUUUUGAUUCGCCCCCAUUUUUCUCAGGUUUAGUUUAGUUAUGCUGACUGCAGGAAUGUCCACCAGAGCUGUUGCCUGUGAUCUGAAUGUUCAUUUCACUCCCAUAAAAUUUCUCAAUGUUGUUUCCUGGAUUUGGCAGUACAUCCAACCAGCCUCACAACCGCACAUCAGUAACAACGACAAACUGCUGUCAUGUCACAACCCUGGUGAGGACAGUGAGCAUGCAGAUGAGCUUCUCUAAAAAAAUUCUUCUGUUGUGCGAACCACUUGUUGCAUCAGCUGUCCGGGUGGCUGGGCUUUGCAGGUGAAGAUGCUGGAGGUAGAGGUCCUGAGUUGGUGUGGCUAAAUGUUAUAACAACCAGCUUAUCUUUAAAGCCUAGUUAUGAGUUAAAUUCAAAAGCUACAGUGAUCACUUUAACUUAUUUAGAGGGGGUAGACAAAGUAAGGGCCCUGCCUUCGGCUCCCUACUGACACCAGCAGAAGAACGUACUAAGGGAAACUUAGAAGAAAUGUCCAAUGUCCACUUUUUAAAAUGAAAAAAUAGGAACCAGGAAAAAGCAAAAACAAAAAAAAGGAAUCAAACUCACCCGGGUGGAAUCAAGAUAAGAAACAAUCCAGUUCUUCUUGUUAGUUAGCUCAGUCCUUUCAUGGUCUUCCACACACCCGGUCCAGGAAACACCAAAGCAAGUGUCCAUUGAGGUUUAAUUUUCCCGUCUCCACCACCGUUCUCUUUUCCUCUUUGGCAAACAAAAUCAAAAAACCCUCCCCAAAGGCCACACCACCUGUGUGCAGCAGCACACCUGAGCCAAGUUAACGAACAGGUGGCAACGAGACUGAGCAGGGGCAAGAGAAAGACUCUGCAAGAUACACUGACAGUAUAUUUGAAGGCUAUUCUACUUUAAAACCCUCUAACAAUACUGUACACGUCUCUCCUCUCACCUCUGUGGCAGUGUGAUCUUGGGGCUGGUUGGAUGUACUGCCACAUUCACAGAAACAACAUUGGAGACAGUUUAUGGGAGUGAAAUGAACAUUCAGCUAUGAUAUAUGCCACACCUGUUAUGUGGAUGGAUUAUCUUGGAAAAGUGCUCACUAACACGGCUUUUAACAAAUUUGUGACCAAAAUUUGAAAAGAUAUAUCUACUAAGAGCAUAAAAAAGUCUUAGAUCUUUACCUUAAACCUGUGGAAAAAAUGGGCGCAAAAACAAAAGUGUAGCAUUUACAUUUCUGUUCAGAUUAAAUGUUUGUUCAAAUUAAUAUAAUUUUAC